AUGCCAAAAACCGAAUGCCCAUCCGAUUUGAACAAGUUACCCCCACCUCAGCUGCAUGGUUUACUUGCAAGCAAAAUAAAAGUUAACAUUCCCCUAGCCCUGCUAAGUGCAGCCCUGAGUGGAUUAGCUUUUAAUUAUUUAUAUAUAGAAAAAAAGAAGAAAAGGUACAGGGACUUCCAUGAGGAAUAUUGUGUGGAUGAUGCCUUCGAAGAUAUGAGAAAGAAAGGGGUUUUUGAUUCAUGUUAG